AGCCACCGGCCGGCGGGUCGCCGUGGUCGGAAGCGCGGUCAGAGACUCGGCUGCUGUGUGCCCUCCUACUAGUGCCGUGCGGCCGUUUUGGGGGGUGCGAGCACGCGAAGCAGUCAGCCUGAUAAUGCGUUCACCGCAUUUCAUCUGUAGGAUCCAAUUUCGUGUUUGAUUGCAUCAGUCCUGUGAGAAGUCUCACCGCAAGUUCUCAGCUCCGAGGCAUGGGUCUCUGGGCUUCCUGCCCCGCAAGCGCAGUAGCAGGCACAGGGGCAAGGUAAAGAGCUUUCCCAAAGAUGACCCCAGCAAGCCUGUCCAUCUCACUGCCUUCUUGGGGUACAAAGCUGGCAUGACCCACAUUGUCCGUGAAGUGGACAGACCUGGAUCCAAGGUGAACAAGAAGGAGGUGGUCGAGGCAGUCACUAUAGUAGAGACUCCUCCCAUGGUGAUUGUGGGCAUCGUGGGCUACGUGCAGACUCCCCGUGGUCUCCGCAGCUUCAAGACCAUCUUUGCUGAGCACAUCAGCGAUGAGUGUAAGCGUCGCUUCUACAAGAACUGGCACAAGUCCAAGAAGAAGGCCUUCACCAAAUACUGCAAGAAAUGGCAAGAUGAGGAAGGCAAAAAGCAGUUGGAGAAAGAUUUCAAUAGCAUGAAGAAAUACUGCCAGGUUAUUAGAGUCAUGGCUCACACUCAGAUGCGCUUGCUUCCCCUGAGGCAGAAGAAGUCUCACCUGAUGGAGAUCCAGGUGAAUGGUGGCACUGUUGCUGAGAAAGUGGAUUGGGCCCGGGAGAAGCUGGAACAGCAGGUGCCUGUGUCAAGUGUCUUUGGCCAGGAUGAGAUGAUAGAUGUCAUUGGAGUCACCAAGGGCAAGGGAUAUAAAGGUGUUACCAGCCGUUGGCACACCAAAAAGCUGCCCCGCAAGACUCACAGGGGUCUGCGCAAAGUGGCCUGCAUUGGUGCCUGGCACCCUGCUCGUGUGGCUUUCUCUGUGGCCCGGGCUGGUCAGAAGGGGUAUCACCAUCGGACUGAAAUCAAUAAGAAGAUCUACAAGAUUGGCCAGGGUUACCAAAUCAAGGAUGGAAAGCUGAUCAAAAACAACGCAUCGACUGAUUACGACUUGUCUGACAAGAGCAUUAACCCUCUGGGAGGCUUCGUCCACUACGGUGAGGUGACCAACGACUUCAUCAUGCUGAAAGGCUGUGUUGUUGGCACCAAGAAGAGGGUCCUAACCCUGCGCAAGUCCUUGCUUGUGCAGACCAAGCGCCGGGCCUUGGAGAAGAUUGACUUGAAGUUCAUUGACACAACCUCCAAAUUUGGUCAUGGCCGCUUCCAGACAGCUGAGGAGAAGAAGGCUUUCAUGGGACCACUCAAGAAAGAUCGUAUCGCAAAAGAGGAGACAGCUUAAUGUGUGGAACAACGGUCUCGUGUCCUGUGUGCUCUCAGACCAAAAAAAUAAAUAU